GACCUGGAACCAUUUGUUGAGCUGUCUCCAUCCCUGCUGCCCCAGUCCUAGUCCCAGUCCACACCGCACCAUCCCGUUGUGGCUUUCACUUUCGCUUUCCUUUCGAAAAAAAGUAAAAGUGCGCAGUGUCCUCCUGCAGCCCUGGCGUGCCCUGCCUCCGCGCCGCUCCGGGAGACUCUGUCGGGAUCCAGAGUCAGGAUUUCAGUUUCGUACGAGCACGCACAAGGAGCGGACGUGGAAGGAUCUGCGCUCCGUCUGUGGCCCCAUCCCCCCUAAAGACAAAUCAUCUUCGGGUCGCGGUCAAAGUGAAGCCAGUGGAAAAGAAACCCCACAAAAAGUCCCCAAAAACAACACUUCUCCUCCCAAUCCUCGUCCAGUUUGGAGUAAACUUCAAAAGCUUCACACGAAAAUAGAACAACAUACACAACCCCCCUCCUCCACCCCACCAGCCCACCACCACUCCACCAGUCCAACGCCAAGCAACCAAAAACCCAUCCAAACACCAGCCAGGCCCCAGUCCAGAAAAACCAAACGAGAAUCACCUUGAAAACAUCGCAGGGCGAAAGAGUAGGGUAGGUAGUGUCCCGGUAGUGUCCCACGCGGAAAGUGGGCCACCAAAAUCAACAAGUCGUAAAUUAGCUGACAAUCUAGAGGAAGCGCUUUAGCCAGACCCACUGCCAGAAAACAGGGACCCAGCUCCGCAGAAUGGCGCGACGCAAGAACAAGCCGCGCCUCAUUCCCGAGCAGGACAAGCGCAUCUGUCGUGCCAUUUGCCUCUGCCAGCUGACGAUGGUGCUCUCCUGCGUGUCCAUCGUCUAUCUCAGCGUGGCCAUCUAUUCGCCGUCCAUGAAGGCCUUCAAGUCCGGCUUCGAGUUGGAUCCGGUCAUGUGCCAGACCGUCGACCGUCAGAUGCCCAACAACUGCCCCUGGGCAUCGUGCGGCGAAUGGUGUCUGACCCGGACCAGUGGCUUCUGUCCUCAGAUACACUCUGUGGUCCGUCGGAAUGGCACGGACAUCCAGCUGAACAACUGCACGCGGGUGACCAACACCUCCUGUGCCAUGAUUGACAUGAGUCGCCUGAACAAAUUCAACUGCAACAACGGCACCGCCUGCAACAACAUUCGCGGUGUAUUCAACUGCUCCAAUGGUCACUGCAAGAACAUGUCCGAGUUCUUUCUGUGCCAUCACAAGGCCGAUGGGCCCACGAUAAACUCUGCCAAGGACAACACCAAGCUGAAUGGGUUCUUCGAGUGCCACGGCGUUCACUGCACGAAGAUCAAGAAGCCCUUCGAUUGCGAUCGCUACUGCUCCAAGAUAACCACGACCAAAGUCAACGUGCUCAUAAUGCAUGAGGAUAAUCUCAUAGCAGCGGACUGCGAGAAUGCGGUGGCAUUUAAUCAGGCACGUGGCUCGGAGCACGGCGUGCGCAUCGAUCCCAUAGAAAUUUGGAAGGAGGACGAUGGCAACCUGUUGACCAACUGCGCCACAGUCACCCGCGAGUCCGAGCAUCGCAUCAGUGCCACAGACUGCCUGAAUGGCACCCUCCUAGAGCACGAUACGCUGCCAGCUCCCUUCAUGAACUUCACCCAGUUCUGGGCCAUCUAUGAGAACAGCACCAGGGCCGUGGAUCCCGAGCAGCGAUACCUGCCGAACCAGGCAAAUCUAACCAUUUACAACUGGAAGAAACUGUACAUCAACCUCGAGGGCUGCGUCAAUACGCUGCGGGGCGAGUGCAAGGACUUUGUGGCUCGCUAUGGCAACGAUGGGGACAACAACACCGCCCAGUCACGCUAUCAGUGCUACUACAACAAGGAUGCGAACGUGGAGUUUGUGGUGGCACGCUACGAUCUGGAUAAGGUGUACAGGGAGUUGGUGGUUUCGCUAAUUGUGCCCAUCGUGCUGUUUGUGGUCUCCUCCAUCUCCCUCUGCAUCAUCACCAAGUCCGUCAAGGUGGGCGACGAUGCCAAGAUGCGCUGUGUCUGCGCCGGCGAUGAGUCGGACGAUGAUGUGUUCGCCGCAGGACCAGCGGGCAAGCAACCCGAGCAAAUGUACGACACGGAUGACGAUGUGGUGGACCUGGAGCACCAGGCAGUGGGCGGCCAGGAGCUGGAGGACAUUGGAGUUCUGCCGCUCGACAGCCACGAGAUGAUUGGCAGCACCAAGUCGCUGAUACCACUCAGCCCCACUGGGGACUCCAACACGAGUGAGCAGAACUUUGACGAGGACCAAGAGAAGGCAGUCAAGUGCGAUGUGCCCGAGAAGCCGCUGGUUAUACUCUAAGGAUGGACAUCGAUGGGAACUGCAUCCAUGCUUGGAUCCGCAUAGAAAACAGCACCAAAACUUAAUGGGGGAACUGAAGAUUCGAUUAGAUUAUAUUCGGCGCAUUUAUACAACGUCUGUAGGAACCCAAACAGAACAGAAUAGAACAGAAUGGGACGGGAACGGACCUAGGCUUUUCUCGGAUACAUACAGAUACAUAUACAUAGAGGAAACGCACAUGUACUUGUACUUAUAUAUAUAUAUAUAUAUAGAUCCAAACGGAUCGAAGGAACAAGAGCUUUAUUUACCUGACAACUCCCCCCACUAAGAAAAAUACCACUUAAAACCGAAGCUCGCAAAUGGAUCCGGUGCGGUGCCAGUAGUUGUGGCCUUAGAGGAGCUACAUUUAAAAGACACGAAUGGAAUUUCAAUUUACACCACAACCCACCAACCCGACAUCUGCUGUACCAGUCAGGAACCAGGAACCAGGGACUAGGAACAGAUUUAGUAGCUCCCAUUUGCGGGCGGAACUGUUUACUUUAUGAGAAAGCCAGAA